AUGCAGCAAUUACCUCCACUGUAUGGAGAAGAGCAAUUACCUCCGCUGUAUGGAGAAGAGCAAUUACCUCCGCUGUAUGGAGAAGAGCAAUUACCUCCGCUGUAUGGAGAAGAGCAAUUACCUCCGCUGUAUGGAGAAGAGCAAUUACCUCCGCUGUAUGGAGAAGAGCAAUUACCUCCACUGUAUGGAGAAGAGCAAUUACCUCCGCUGUAUGGAGAAGAGCAAUUACCUCCGCUGUAUGGAGAAGAGCAAUUACCUCCGCUGUAUGGAGAAGAGCAAUUACCUCCGCUGUAUGGAGAAGAGCAAUUACCUCCGCUGUAUGGAGAAGAGCAAUUACCUCCGCUGUAUGGAGAAGAGCAAUUACCUCCGCUGUAUGGAGAAGAGCAAUUACCUCCGCUGUAUGGAGAAGAGCAAUUGCCUCCGCUGUAUGGAGAAGAGCAAUUGCCUCCGCUGUAUGGAGAAGAGCAAUUACCUCCACUGUAUGGAGAAGAGCAAUUGCCUCCACUGUAUGGAGAAGAGCAAUUGCCUCCGCUGUAUGGAAAAGAGCAAUUACCUCCACUGUAUGGAGAAGAGCAAUUACCUCCACUGUAUGGAGAAGAGCAAUUACCUCCACUGUAUGGAGAAGAGCAAUUACCUCCACUGUAUGGAGAAGAGCAAUUACCUCCGCUGUAUGGAGAAGAGCAAUUACCUCCGCUGUAUGGAGAAGAGCAAUUACCUCCGCUGUAUGGAGAAGAGCAAUUACCUCCGCUGUAUGGAGAAGAGCAAUUACCUCCGCUGUAUGGAGAAGAGCAAUUACCUCCGCUGUAUGGAGAAGAGCAAUUACCUCCGCUGUAUGGAGAAGAGCAAUUACCUCCACUGUAUGGAGAAGAGCAAUUACCUCCACUGUAUGGAGAAGAGCAAUUACCUCCACUGUAUGGAGAAGAGCAAUUACCUCCGCUGUAUGGAGAAGAGCAAUUACCUCCCCUGUAUGGAGAAGAGCAAUUACCUCCACUGUAUGGAGAAGAGCAAUUACCUCCACUGUAUGGAGAAGAGCAAUUACCUCCACUGUAUGGAGAAGAGCAAUUACCUCCGCUGUAUGGAGAAGAGCAAUUACCUCCACUGUAUGGAGAAGAGCAAUUACCUCCGCUGUAUGGAGAAGAGCAAUUACCUCCGCUGUAUGGAGAAGAGCAAUUACCUCCGCUGUAUGGAGAAGAGCAAUUACCUCCGCUGUAUGGAGAAGAGCAAUUACCUCCGCUGUAUGGAGAAGAGCAAUUACCUCCACUGUAUGGAGAAGAGCAAUUACCUCCACUGUAUGGAGAAGAGCAAUUACCUCCACUGUAUGGAGAAGAGCAAUUACCUCCACUGUAUGGAGAAGAGCAAUUACCUCCGCUGUAUGGAGAAGAGCAAUUACCUCCGCUGUAUGGAGAAGAGCAAUUACCUCCACUGUAUGGAGAAGAGCAAUUACCUCCACUGUAUGGAGAAGAGCAAUUACCUCCACUGUAUGGAGAAGAGCAAUUACCUCCACUGUAUGGAGAAGAGCAAUUACCUCCACUGUAUGGAGAAGAGCAAUUACCUCCACUGUAUGGAGAAGAGCAAUUACCUCCACUGUAUGGAGAAGAGCAAUUACCUCCACUGUAUGGAGAAGAGCAAUUACCUCCACUGUAUGGAGAAGAGCAAUUACCUCCACUGUAUGGAGAAGAGCAAUUACCUCCACUGUAUGGAGAAGAGCAAUUGCUCCCCAUACAGUUCACUGUUUAUGGGCAGCAGAUCCACAAAUGA